AUGCUUCGCCUCUCCGACUUAGGUUCCAUGAAACCUCGCGUCUUACCCGCCGACCAAAACGACGAUCGCGACGAAGACCUCCGUGACGUCGACGACGUCUUCAACAACGACUACAACGUACAAAGCAACAACAACCCCAUCUUACCACAGAAGCAAAACAGAGACAAAAUCACCCACACCAACCAAACCCACUCACCUCUCCUCCACCUCCCCGCCGAACUCCGCAACAAGAUCUACAAAUUCGUCUUCUUAAACACCACCAUCAAUGUCAACAAGCUCCUCAUCAAAAAAGACGUGCUCGGCCGCUACCCCAGCGUCCGCGCCAUCCUCUACACCUGCCGCCAGAUCUACAUCGAAGCCAGCGCCUUAUCCUUCACGCUCUGCACAUUUGUACCUAGCUACUUCGCGCUAAGAUUCUUUGCGUCGUCGAAUCUGCCUGCAAGUGGGUUUGGGAGGGUUGAGAGGCUUUGGUUGACAAGGGGGAAUGGGCGGGCUAUCAUCGAGGGACAGCAUGAAAUGAAGGGUGCAUAUCUGAAGGAAUGGUUUGCUUCACUAAAGCUAUUGGAGAUAGAAGUUUGGCGCCUAAAGGUCAAUUUGACAGAUGCGCAGGCAAGAGAGAAGUUGAGCUAUGUGGCUGUUGAUGUAUCCCGCCCGCCCAAAACCCCCUACGACCCCCCAAAGAUCGUAGGCUACGUCCUCGCCAAGAUGGAGGAAGAGCCCACCGACGGUGUCCAACAUGGCCACAUAACCUCUCUCUCCGUAAUGCGGACCCAUCGCCGCCUCGGUCUCGCCGAAAAACUGAUGCGCCAAUCCCAACGCGCCAUGGCCGAGACCUUCAACGCGCACUACGUCUCCCUGCACGUCCGCGUCUCCAACAACGCAGCCCUGCAUCUCUACCGCGAAACCCUCGGUUUCACCGUCGACAAGAUCGAAGCGAAAUACUAUGCUGAUGGUGAGGAUGCGUAUAGUAUGAGGAUCGAGCUGGCGGAGCUGAAGGAGCAGUUGAGGGAUGAGGAGGAGGAGAUUUUUGGGAGUGAGGGCGUGGAUGAGGGGGAUGCCGUGGGGAGUGAGGGGGUUAAGGAGAAGAAGCCCGCGAAGAAGACAAAGGUCAAGGUGGGUAGGGGGAAGGGUGUUGUGGAUCUUGUGGAGAAGAAUGAAGCGGCUGCUGCUUAG